GGCCAAAAGCAGCCAUCCCUGCGGACAACCUAUGUCAGCUGCAAGCCGCCGCCAGAUCCUUUUUUUUUGGGAUCCGUCCCAGUCGGGCGCGCGAAUUGUUUUCGCUGGCAUGGCUCUGACAGUCCCCGAGGCGCUGUCACGGGUGGAGGAACUCUUGGCACAGCUUAGAGUAGAAGCGGAGGCAGAGGCUGAGACUGCAGCGCCUCCUUCGCCUGAGGGCAGGUGCCCUAGGUUGCCGAGCAACCUGAGUCGCAAUACGGAGGUGGUCCUUUCGCCCGUGGAAAGCAACGAGCGCUUCGACCAACCCUCCAAUGAGCUGAACAAGCCAUGCAUGAGGAGCAUGCACGGCGGCUCGCGUGCGUCACUGACCCCGAGCAGCGGUGCGAAGAUGGAGCGCUUUGUUACGCAGAACACGGAGGCGGACGGGCCCUUCCCACCGCACCCCCGGCUGCGCGAGCUCCUGAAUGAGGCCAGGCUGGGCAUGCCGCUGCGGAGGAUGUUCUCGCAGCUUCACUCCCCAGGCUCCGCAAACUGCGUGCAGAACUCCUGGCGCGCCUGGAGGGCCAGCCUCUGGGAAGAGGCGGCGGGGUGGUUGGCGAGCUUGAUGAUCCUUGCGGACCUGGUGAUCAUGCCAGUGGGCGCCUUUGUGCCCUUGCUGGGGCAAUUGCUCAGCGUGGUGCUGAUGUGCUUCUGGUGCCUGAACCUCCUGAUCUUCUUCUGCCGCUCCAGGUGUCGUCGUCUUGCCAAGGCGCAGGUUGGGUGGCUCGUCCUCGAGGUGAUAGGUCUUGCCUUACUGGUGAUCGACGUCACCUCCGGCCUCGACAGCCGUGUGAUGCUGCGAGGUCCGCAGGCCCUGCGUGCAUUGCUGCUGCCCAAGUAUCUGCGAAAGAUCACCGCGACCAGGCGGGUGAAGGCGUGCCUCUGCCAAUGCAGCCGAGAGGUGAGCGCGAUGUGGAACAUCCUGCUGCUGCUGCUCGUGGGGCUGCUCUGCCUCCACUGGCUGACCGCCUUGUGGUACUCCUUGGGCACUCGCCCGCGGGGCUGGGCGGCCCACCACGACCUGGAGUCCUUCUCGCUGCUGCAGAAGUACGAGGCUGCGCUGGAGUUUGGGCUCAGCCGGCUCCAUCCCAGUCGGCUCGCGACCAACUUGAAGCUUAAGACCCAGCCGGAGAAGGUGCUGGCAGUAUUUGCAACCUUCGCCGCCUUGGUCUUAGGGGGCAUCUUCACCUCUUUGGUCACCAACGACCUUUCGGACAUCCGCCGAAAGCAGCGCACCAAGCAGGAGGCAGAGCAACAGCUGCAGGAGUUUCUGCUGGCUUACCCGGUGCACCACCGCCUGGAGGCGGCGCUGACCAAAUACCUGGCCAAGUGGAACUCGAGGCAACGCGCCGUGAGCAAAAACCAGGUUGCUAGUCACUUCCCGGACUUCUUGUUCCAAGAGCUGUGCCAAGAGGCCUUCACUCCCCUCCUCUCGAAGCACCACUUCUUCCUCUGGUUGCGUGAAUCCUUCACAGCGUUUAGCAAGGACCUUUGUGCAUCGCUCCAGGAUCGGCACAUGAUGCCCCAGGAGCUCCUCUUUGCUGCGGGCUCCUCCUGCAACGCCAUGGUUUGGGUAGCCCACGGCCAGGUGAAGUACACCGAGGGCAAGGACUUCUGCACCUCCGAGGACCUGAAGGGCUUCUUCUCGAUGAUCCCGAAGGUCGGGGUUGCGAGCAUCAGCGACGUGAAAAUGUUGAACGCGGGGGACUGGAUGUGCGAAGCCUGCUUGUGGACGCCUUGGCAGUACCAGGGCCAGGCCGUCGCAGCAGGCGGCACUCUCCUCUGCCUGGACCACGAGACGGUGGUCUCCCUCGGCUUGAAGCACAUGGAGGUGACCGCAGACCUUGCCAACUACGCGAGGCAGUUCCUCGCGGCGCUGCUAGAGGAGCCCUCCGACUUCACCUCUGUGAUUUAUGAGCCCUUGACCCCACAGGCAUGAGGUGAGGGAAGUCCGCGGAUUUCUUUAUGACUGAGGACAAGAAGAUCAGUAAGCUUUAAACAUCGGGGGGGCAAAGCCCCUCUGUCGUCGAGAAUCUUGGUUUUUUGAUUUUUUUGAAAAUCGACCCUCCAAUCGAGGGUCCAACGCUUGGUCGUUUUCUUUGCACGCUGCUACCCCACUUUGAUGGGAAACAGCUGGAAGUGCGGGGCCCUUCAGAAUUUUCCACGGCUCGUGUGCUGACACAUCUUGGCAAGUCAUUGCCUGAGCCACGAGACCAUUCAAAAAGACCCAUUGUUUUUUGUGAGCUGGCACGUGCGGAGGGUCCCUUAACGGAUAUUUGAGGGGGACA